CUCCGUGUCCUUCGCGAUCCUCCUCCGCUGGCCAUUUGAAGGCUCUACCGUCCUCCGCAUCUCUCUCCCCGUCCUUGCUCUCGCCAUGGCGCCGACAAAGAAAGAGAGGACCGCGAGCCGGAACCCUAGCCUGGUCCGAGGCAUCGGGAAGUUCUCGAGGUCGAAGAUGUACCACAAGCGAGGGAUCUGGGCCAUCAAGGCCAAGCACGGCGGCUCCUUUCCCCGCCACGAACCUAAGCCCGCGUCGGCCCCGACGGCAGCGGUCAAACCACCCAAGUUCUACCCCGCCGACGACGUCAAGACCCCCAUCCCCAAUCGCCGCAAGCCCAAGCCUACCAAGCUCAGGGCGAGCAUCACCCCGGGAACCGUUCUGAUCCUUCUUGCUGGGAGGUUCAUGGGAAAGAGGGUUGUCUUCCUGAAGCAGCUACCUUCCGGACUUCUUUUGGUUACUGGACCUUUCAAGAUUAAUGGAGUACCUCUAAGACGAGUAAAUCAGGCUUAUGUUAUUGCAACAUCCACCAAGGUCGAUAUAUCAGGAGUCAAUGUGGACAAGUUUGAUGACAAGUACUUCACCAAGGAGAAAAAGAAGACGACCAAGAAAGGGGAAGGUGAAUUUUUUGAGACUGAUAAAGAGGAAACCAAGGCACUCCCCCAGGAGAAGAAGGAUGACCAGAAGGCCGUGGAUAGCCAGUUGAUAAAAGCCAUUGAAGCAGUGGAAGAUUUGAAGGUCUACUUAGGUGCAAGAUUUUCGCUUAGGUCGGGAAUGAAACCUCAUGAGCUCAAAUUCUAGAAACAAAAAGGGAUCUCUCGAUUUCUGCUCUGUUACAUUUAUAUUUUCAGACUAGUUGGUCUAUCUACUCUUGACUGUGAAGAAGGGCCUUGGACUUCUGUUUCAUGCUUGUCUUGUGUUCUGAGGGAAGAACUCCAUUGUUCAUUUUCAUGAAAUUAACAGAUGUAUGCAUCAUUAGCUCUUGGUUUCAGUGCAAGUGAUCUGAUGUGUUUGGUCA